GUAUGCAGAUAUGCGUAGAGAUAAUCACACAGUUUUGUAGAAAAUGAAAUCCACUCUCGAAGAUAUUUAAUUUAUCAACUGCAUACUAUGCCCCUUUUCUACGGACAUUAGUGCACCCAUUAUCAUCAAGACCAAUAACUCUUAUUAGGAUGGCAGAUAGACUGACCCAGCUUCAAGAUGCAGUUAAUCAGCUUGCUGACCACUUUUGUAACAGUAUAGGAGUAUUACAACAGUGUUCUCCACCCAGUAAGUUUGAGGGUUUUGACAAGCAACCUGGAAAGUCUCCUUCAGAAGUCCCACAGGAAGAUUAUGCUUUAACUUUUGCAAAACUGAUAUCGAGAACAGCAAAAGAUGUUGAUACUUUGAUAGAUUCUCUACCAAGUGAAGAGUCUUCCCUCAAAGUUCAAUUGGAAAGCUUGAGACGUCUUGAGGCAGAAAAUCAGGAGGAGGCCAGAAAACUUGAGGAGGUGGUCAGCCACGGACAGCAUUUACUGGACCGUGUCCAGGAGGCCCUCAGAGACAUCGCCCAGUGUCAACUCCGGUGUCAAGCAAUGGAAACAGAUACCUGAGUUUGACAGAUUUUCUAAGAGAGACCCAGUGAAUGGAGACUCGGUGGAUGCGUCUCUGAUGUACAUUUUGUUCACUCUGAAUGUGUGUUCCAAAGGGUUUUAGCAAGGAUAAUAUGUGAUUAAUUCUGAUAAAGACAGAACAUAUAACAAUCACAUUAAGAAUGUGUAUUGAAAGAUUUGAUUUUCAAUGUACAGUACUGUUAUAAGCCUGUUAUUGAUGUCAAGUGCAAUUAUGACCAUUAUGAUAGUUUUUCAUGUACGUGUUUCAAAAUAAAAAUAAGUUAGACAUA